AUGAGCACAGAUCUGGAGCGCAUGUCACUGAACUCCUCCUCGGCUAGUUCAGUGGCGUCCAGCGCUCGCUCUUUGUCUGUUAAUGUGAAAAAGCUUCACAACGCGCUCAACUUGCUGCUCAGUGACUUUGAGCGAGAGCAGUUUAUCCACUGUCUUAAUGUAUACCAUUCAAAACGCAACGUGUACGACCUGGUUCAGACGCUCAAAGUCAUCCUGAAUGCGCCCAGCAAACGCCAGCUUUUGCCCAUGCUACGACUGGUCAUUCCUCGUUCUGAUCAGCUUUUGUUUGACCAGUACACUUCAGAGGGUCUCUACCUAAAAUCGGAUUUACUGGCAAGUAAUGGCAGCCCCGAAACAUCACGCAGCAUUUCUAAUGUGAGUCCAACUUCAGCAGGACAUUUCCCAACCCUUCCCGCAUCUCAAGCAACUCUACACGAGUCCCCUGAUAGCGUCAGCACCAGCAGUGAUGGGACAACGACACUGGUCCCUCUUCUGGGCAAAGACUUCCUUCAUGAGCCCCCUGGGGAGCUACGACAGGUGACCCUCAAACGCCACAAAAGCAAUGAAGGCUUGGGUUUUAGCAUACGGGGCGGCUCCGAGCAUGGGGUCGGGAUCUAUGUGUCACUGGUGGAACCGGGGUCAUUGGCAGAGAAAGAAGGCCUGAGAGUCGGGGAUCAGAUUAUGAAGGUCAACGAUAAAGUGUUUGACCGGGUCACGCACGCAGAAGCAGUGAAGGUUCUGAAAGGAUCUAAGAAGUUGUGCCUGUCUGUACGUUCGGUUGGGCGUAUUCCAGGCGGUUAUGUCACCAACCAUGUUUAUACCUGGGUCGACCCUGCGGGGCGGAGCGUGUCUCCCCCACCUGACCUGCUGGAGCACCGAAGCGCAACUCUUCGCCGGACAGACAGCCAACGCCGCAGUCACAUGCAGCUGCUGCAAGAGGGAGACGAGAAGAAAGUGAAUCUAGUGCUGGAUGAUGGGCGUUCUUUAGGUCUGAUGAUUCGAGGAGGAGCUGAGUACGCUUUGGGGAUCUACAUCACUGGGGUGGAUCGCGGUUCUGCUGCUGAGUUUGGGGGACUGAAGGUGGGCGACCAGAUCUUGGAAGUGAACGGACGUAGUUUCCUGGACAUCCCUCACGACGAGGCGGUGCGUGUACUCAAAUCAUCUCGCCACCUGAUGAUGACGGUGAAGGACGUCGGGCGCCUGCCGCACGCUCGCACCGUGGUGGGAGAAACCAAGUGGAUCUCAAGCUCUCAGAUCGCGGAGAGUUCGGCCAGUGGCAGCGUGGCAGGGCUCUCGCUGGAUCAAGGUGCCUCUGCGUCAGGAAAGUCAGGGUUCUAUAAAGGUGUGGCAGGCUCUCAGGUGACGCUGUCCAGUCUGGUGAACCAGUCCAGGGCAAUGCUGGAGGAACAAGCUCGCCACCUGUUGACUGAGCCAGAGAGACAGACUAUGGGCUACUACCUGGAGGAAUACCGCGAUGCUCACAUUGGUGUGGAACAGCUAGUAAUGGCACUGUUUGAACUGUUUAACACUCACGCUAAGUUUUCUCUGCUGUCAGAGGUGCGGGGUCUGGUCAGUCCCCAGGAUUUGGAGCGAUUUGACGGGCUCGUUCUGCGUCGCGAGAUCCAAGCGUUGAAGGCUCGGCAGAGUGGAGCAGGAGCUGCUACCCUUCACCCAGACUCAUACUCCAUGGUUUCCUACCCAGACACACUGGCUUCCUCUUCUGCCUCCUACAUGACUUCCACCACUCUCAGCUCCGCACGGGAGAGACUGCUCUGGUUGAUAGACAUGAUGGAGAAUGACAGCACGACAGAAAAUAACGGGGAGGAGUCUCACGAGUGUGCCAACGCCCUGCCUGACAUCUCUCUGGAUGAAGUUCAUUCAACAUCAGAUUCACCUCCUUCUUUCAAACCCCCUCCCCCACCUGGGGUGCAGCGUCGCCCCAGCCGGAGAGAUGUGCGCAGUAAACGCCCUUCCUCUGCGUCCUCCCAGGCUGGGCUUUAUUUUACUGCCCCCUCCCGUGGCCCCGUAAAGGCCCCCAGUCAACCCUCCUCUCCCCCCGAUCCUCCUAAAAUUGAGGUACCGGUUCCUCAGCUGUCAGUGGUCCAUCAGCACCCCAUUGGACCGUUCCCGCGGGUACAGUCUCCCGGCCGGGUCAAACCUGCAGCAUCCACCCCAUGUCCCACGCCACCUCCUCCACCUUCUGUCCCUGCUCCCCCAGGGCCACCUCCACCCUCCAGCCCAGACAAAUCUACCCCUUCCUCUCCAUCCUCAAAGCAGCACUUUGUCAUGGUGGAGGUCCACAGGCCUAACGCUGAACCUGAUGUCAAUGAAGUCCGGCCUCUUCCACAGGGCAGAGGGAGCACUCUGUCGCAGCUCUCAGACAGCGGACAGACCCUGAGUGAAGAUAGCGGAGUGGACAUCGCUGAGUCUGGACGUCUCAGCAAGGACAGUAGCCCUCGUCCUGCUCGCACACACCCCUCCCGAGAGGCUCAGGCAGGGGGAGGGGAGGUUCCCUCCAAACCGCCUGGACUUUUGGAACCCACAUCCACUCUAAUAAGAGUUCCAAAGAGUGCCAGCACAUUGGGCAUUGCCAUAGAAGGUGGUGCCAAGACACGCCAACCUUUGCCACGUAUAGUCACCAUACAGAGAGGAGGCUCAGCCCAUAACUGUGGUCAACUGAAGGUGGGUCAGGUUAUUCUGGAGGUAAAUGGAAUAUCGUUACAGGGACGGGAGCACCGAGAGGCGGCACGCAUCAUUGCAGAGGCUUUCAAGACCAAAGAGAAGGAUUACAUUGAUUUCCUGGUCACUGAAUUGAACGUGGCACUAUAG